GUUCUGCUUACGUCAUCAAAAAGCACUAGGGCAAGUUCCCCACCGCCGUCGACCUCGAAAGUCGACAUUCAGACUGGCAAUGGUAAUUCUGACUUGACAAUGGCGACCAUAGAGGAUAGGAAAGCGAAGCUUGAUGAGUUGCGGGCUAAAAUGCGUACAUCCACGAAAGCCAACCAGCAGUCACUCAUUGAGGAGUCUGCUAGAGCGAAAGUAACAGUACGCGAUAUGGCACGUAUGGAACGGCAGAAAAAGCUUGCCGAGACUCUUCGGACACAGGCGGAAGCAGAGGAACGAGGGGAAGAUGUUGAGCGGUCAAAGAAUUGGGAGUGGACAAUAGAAGAAAAUGAAAAGUGGGAGAAGAAGUUGGCGAGAAAGGCUCGGAGAGCAGACUACGAGUUUUACGAUGACGUGCAUGCUGCACACCGACGGUAUAAGAAGGACUUGGACUUUAUCAAACCCGACAUGGAAGCAUACAACAAGCACAAGGAACAGGCCUUGGGCUUGGCUGUUGGGACUCUAUUGGGCUCGGGCAGUUCCACGCCUUCCGGUUCAUUAUCGAGUGCACUAACAAUGUACGACCCAAGUGGUGCCCAGAUGGUUCCAACAGUUGAACAACGUAUGGCCGUGGACGCUUUCUACAGAGAUGCCAACACACUGAUCUAUGCUGAUAACAAGCCUUCUGAAGAGGCUAUCGACCGGCUAAUCAGCAAGCUCAACCGAGAUGUCGAUAAAAAGGCCAAGUUUUCGCGCAAGAGGCACAACGAGGAUGAGGGUGAUAUUACGUAUAUCAACGAGCGGAAUCGUGUAUUCAACAAGAAGGUCGGUAUUCUUCCGAGAUACUACGAUAAAUAUACUGCAGAGAUUCGUGCCAGCUUCGAGCGUGGAACUGCACUGUAGCAC